UCAUUUAGCGGAGGGAUAUGCGCUCCGCCUCCCAGUCUACUUGACGCUGGGACAGAUGAGUCGGGAGAGUUAGGCGAAGGCUUUGGAGGGGAAAAAAAGUCACAUUAAAAAAAAGCAAAAAAAAAACCCGGCUUUAAAUAGAGAAAAGUACUAAGGAAGCGACCAGCCUGCCUCAAUUCUUGAAAGGUUCCACACUAGACCUUUACCUAGGCUCUGGCCACCUCAUCAUAUGGUACGGACCUAACCAGAGGGAGAAGAGGAGGGAGAGAAUAGGUCCUUUUCCUAUUUAUGUCUGCCUAUUGACUAGCUACGUUUGUAAAUCCUCUGGGCUGUUGUGUCCCAGAGGCCUGAUCUCAGCUGAACUUGUUCCCCAAACUGCACUCCCCUCAGUGGGGUUGGUUGUGACCCAGCUCCAAGGUACAUCCCACCUCACGGCAGGCUUUCCUUUCCUGAGCAGCAGCAGCAGCUGUGUCCUGCCUGCGUCCUGCCUCUAUUUCCUGUCCUUGGUGUGCAAGGCCAAGCCUCCUCUCUACACUCCCCUUCCCCAAACACACACUCUCCCUGUUGUACACGAUCCAAGAAGAGGAAUCGUCAAUCCCUUAACUUCCUGGUACAUUUCUCUCCCUCGCUCCACUCCUUCUCACCCUGGACAGCGGCACCAUGACCUCUAUGUCCAGCCUGUUCUCCUUCACCAGUCCAGCUGUGAAGCGUCUGCUGGGGUGGAAGCAGGGGGACGAGGAGGAGAAAUGGGCUGAGAAGGCUGUUGACGCUCUGGUCAAGAAACUGAAGAAGAAGAAAGGAGCUAUGGAGGACCUGGAGAAAGCCCUUAGCAGCCCAGGACAACCCAGUAAGUGUGUGACCAUCCCUCGGUCUCUGGACGGUCGUCUCCAGGUGUCUCACAGGAAGGGUCUCCCCCACGUUAUCUACUGCAGAGUGUGGAGGUGGCCCGACCUACAGUCUCACCACGAGCUCAAACCUCUGGAGGUGUGCGACUACCCCUUCGGCUCCAAGCAGAAGGAGGUCUGCAUUAACCCCUACCACUACAAGAGAGUAGAGAGCCCAGUGCUGCCUCCGGUGUUGGUGCCUCGCCACAGUGAGUUCAACCCCCAACACAGCCUCCUGGUCCAGUUCAGGAACAUGACUCACAACGAGCCUCACAUGCCCCUGAACGCCACCUUCCCAGAGUCCUUCCAGCAGCACAGCGGGGGCAGCGGCUCCUCCUUCCCAAUCUCCCCCAACUCCCCCUACCCUCCCUCCCCAGCCUCCAGCGGAGGGGUGGGCACCUAUCCCAACUCUCCUGCCAGCUCCGGACCCUCCAGCCCCUUCCAGCUUCCAGCUGAUACCCCACCCCCGGCUUACAUGCCCCCUGACGAGCAGAUGGGACAGGAGGGGUCCAUGGAGACCAGCAGCAGCGGGCCCAGGAACAUGCCUAGUGGGGAUGUGCAGCCAGUGGAGUACGAGGAACCGAGCCACUGGUGCAGUAUUGUGUACUAUGAGUUGAACAACAGAGUGGGUGAGGCCUACCAUGCUUCUUCUACCAGUGUCCUGGUGGACGGCUUCACCGACCCCUCCAACAACAAGAACCGCUUCUGCCUGGGGUUGCUCUCCAACGUCAACCGUAACUCAACCAUAGAGAACACACGCCGCCACAUCGGCAAAGGUGUCCACCUGUACUAUGUAGGAGGUGAGGUGUAUGCAGAGUGUCUGAGUGACACCAGUAUCUUCGUUCAGAGUCGUAACUGUAACUAUCAUCAUGGUUUCCACCCCACCACGGUGUGUAAGAUCCCUAGUGGCUGCAGUCUGAAGAUCUUUAACAACCAGGAAUUUGCUCAGCUACUGGCCCAGUCUGUGAACCAUGGCUUUGAGGCGGUCUACGAACUGACCAAGAUGUGCACCAUCCGCAUGAGCUUUGUAAAGGGCUGGGGAGCCGAGUAUCACCGACAAGAUGUCACCAGCACCCCCUGUUGGAUAGAAGUGCACCUUCACGGCCCUCUGCAGUGGCUGGAUAAAGUGCUGACACAGAUGGGCUCUCCUCUCAACCCCAUCUCCUCAGUGUCCUAAUGGUUACCCCACAGACCAGACUCUCAACCCCAUCUCUUCAGUGCCCUAAUGGUUAACCCCCCCCCAGCAGACCAGACUCUCAACCCCAUCUCUUCAGUGUCUUAAUGGUGCCCCAGACCAGACUCUCAACCCCAUCUCUUCAGUGUCUUAAUGGUCCCCCCCCCCCAGACCAGACUCUCAACCCCAUCUCUUCAGUGUCUUAAUGGUCCCCCCCCCCCAGACCAGACUCUCAACCCCAUCUCUUCAGUGUCUUAAUGGUCCCCCCCCCCCCCCUUAGACCAGACUCUCAACCCCAUCUCUUCAGUGUCUUAAUGGUGCCCCAGACCAGACUCUCAACCCCAUCUCUUCAGUGUCUUAAUGGUCCCCCACCCCUAGACCAGACUCUCAACCCCAUCUCUUCAGUGUCUUAAUGGUCCCCCACCCCUAGACCAGACUCUCAACCCCAUCUCUUCGGUGUCUUAAUGGUCCCCCAGACCAGACUCUCAACCCCAUCUCUUCAGUGUCUUAAUGGUCCCCCCCCCUAGACCAGACUCUCAACCCCAUCUCUUCAGUGUCUUAAUGGUCCCCCCCCCCCCCCUUAGACCAGACUCUCAACCCCAUCUCUUCAGUGUCUUAAUGGUGCCCCCCCCCCUUUUUUUUAACAUUAAAAUAAACAAUGUUUUAAUGAGUAAAAGGAGAUGUUAAAAGGCUGAACUGUUUACAGUAUCUGUCUGCAGAAGGGAUGUUGAACCCAGGGCAGCAGAAUUAAAAGAAAGAAAAAUGGAGGCUACAAGCAGAAGAUUAAAGUAGAGUAGCGGCACAAAAUAAUGAACAAAGUACUGCUCCGAGUCAUCAACUACCAACCAUGUGCUUAUUCUAUUGAGAGUAGUAGGACUGGAAAGCAUGUACCUUACUUUAUAUUUUAAAUGUUUUUUUUUAAGGAUUUUGCAUAAAAUGUUUGAAAUAUUUUCUUUCUGUAUUUUUUUUUUUUAGUUAAAAAAUAAUAAUAAUGAAAUGUAUAUCACUACUACUACAAAUUUACCACAGUCAAACUACUUUGCAAACUUUUUUUUUUUUUGCCAUGUUUUCUAAUGCUAUACAUCUAAGGUAUAGAUAUCAUUAUGUUUACUAUUAAGACUCAGAUCUCAAUGUUUCCAUUUUAUAGUUUCUAUCACUAGAAAAACUUGAGUUACUGCCAUUUUUAAAUAAAGUGUGUCUAACUGAUAACUA